AUGAAACUGGAUUUCGUUUUGGGCUUGAAGAUAGAAGACUUUUUAGAACGAAGACUUCAAACUCAAGUUUUUAAACUUGGUUUGGCCAGAAGCAUCCAUCAUGCCAGAGUCCUCAUCCGCCAACGGCACAUAAGAGUAAGAAAACAGAUGGUUAACUGUCCUGGGUUUCUGGUACGUUUGGACUCAGGAAAACACAUAGAAUACAGUACAACAUCUCCAUAUGGUUGUGGUCGCCCUGGUCGCGUCAAAAGGAAAAAGGAGCGUAAAGCCCAAGGUGGUGACGACGAGAACGGAAGUGAUGAAGAGUGA